AGUGUGACGUCACUUCUGGAGGCAGGCUGCUGCCCCCGUCGCCGCCUCCGCCUCCGCUGCUGGGCUGGCAGCCUUCUCCUCCAUCAAGAAACUUUUCUGGACUUGUGGAGCUCCUCGGACGUAGUGGCCUCAAGCAGCCGAAAGAGAACCUCCACACGCGGGGACAGCAGGCACUUUUAUUUCUACUACUCGGUGCUAACAUCAUUUGAGUGAAGACAUUGACAUUGUGCAAGCUAUAUCGGGUUUUUAUUUUUCUUCUAAGGACUUUACGGAGUUCGAGGACUUGAAGAAUCUCCUCAAGCUCACUGGCGUGUGUUUUCAUCAAGAAUUCCUAUUUUGCAGCGCUUUUUGAAACUUUGGAUUUAUAACGAUCGACGCAACGCGACGCGACGCGGGCAUGUUUUGGAGUAGGGGCCUCUUGCUUUUGUCUGCUUUCCUUCUCUCACCAUUCUGCUUGUCAGCUGGGGCAGCGCUGCCGCACAACCAGAGCGGCGUCAGGAAGCUGUACGUGCUCCAACCCGGGUCGGGGCCGGCUCCGGGUCCCGGUCCGGGCUCAGCGGGGGCUACCCGAGGGGAUGCCAUGCGAGUCAGUUCCAUUUCAACGCGUCACGGCGCGUCGGGGCUUGCGCACUCUUACAACGUCCAACUCAGCGCCAAAUUGGGCGGCCAGGUCCGGAACCGCCGGAUGGGGAACCAAGCCUCGACAGCCCAGCGGCGGCACAGCGCUCCGGAGCUUCUCAAGCAGUCUGGAGUGAACCUAUGCGGAGGCCAGUGCUGUCAUGGAUGGAGUAAAGCUCAAGGAUCCCAGCGCUGCACAAAGCCUAACUGCAUCCCCCAGUGCCAGAACGGAGGAAUGUGCCUCAGGCCUCAGCUGUGUGUCUGCAAGCCUGGCUCAAGCGGCAAGGCAUGUGAGCAGAAGACUGUGCCCACACACCCCCACAGCCUCAGCUCCAGCCUCAGCUCCAGCUCCAGCUCCAGCUCCAGCUCCAGCCUCAGCUCCAGCUCCAGCCACAGCCUCAGCUCCAGCUCCAGCCACAGCAGCAGCCACAGCCACAAUGAUCACAACGCAGGAGCACAGUGGCCCAUACCUCAGCAAGUGCCUCCUAACGCACCUCAAGCAAACAACAUUGCCCAGAUGAAAUUGACAGUCAAGCCGUCCCCACAGUUUGUGAGGCCGCCGCAUUAUAUCCAACAACACAUCCAGCAACAAAUCCGCUCUAUGCCCAUGCACCCAGGCCAGCAAUAUGUCAUAAAGCCCAAAUAUUACCAUACACACAGCACCCACACGCAGACACGCUUCCAACCUCCAGUUGAAAGGCCCAUCCCUCUAUCAGGGGCACACGUGGGCAACCACACAGGGAGGAUCAAAGUGGUGUUCACUCCCACCAUCUGCAAAUUGACCUGUGUGGGAGGGAGAUGUCACAACAACUGCCAGCAGGGAAACACCACAACAAUCAUCAGCGAAAACGGCCAUGCCACUGAUACUCUGACGGCACCCAACUUCAGGAUAGUGGUGUGUCAUUUGCCUUGUAUUAACGGCGGCAAGUGCAGUGCCAGAGACAAAUGUCAAUGUCCUCCAAACUUCACUGGAAAGUUCUGCCAGAUUCCACUUCCAAAUGGACAGCAUCAGCCCCAGCACACAUCCGGCAGCUACACUCAAACUCAGGUCCAUUCCACACACACGUUGCCUCUGACCUACAGCAACGGGCAAAAUACGGUUUUCAGUCCCGGCGUUGUCAACAUCCACAUUCAACAUCCUCCCGAGGCAUCCGUGGAGGUCCACCAGGUAUCUCAGCUGGACGAGCGAGGUCCCCAGUCGGGGUCGUCUUCAUCCUCCAGCUACACUUUCCAUCACGCCCAAAGCCACCAGAAGGUCCAGCACCACGGCUACAACAUUAUCUACCCGGGCCAGCACGGGGACCAGACCACUCAGUACCAACCGGUCUCCUCCAAGAAUACGUUGGGCCGCUGCUUCCAAGAAACUGUUGCUAGUCAGUGUGGGAAAGCUCUCCCGGGGCUGACGAAACAGGAGCAGUGCUGUGGGACCAUGGGAACAUCGUGGGGUUUCCAUAAAUGCCAGAAAUGUCCAAAGCAACCAUCUGCUAUUCCUCUGAUAGACUGCCCUCAGGGUUACAAGAAAAUCAACAGCACUCAUUGCCAAGAUUUUGAUGAGUGCCAGCUGCAAGGGGUGUGUCCUAAUGGAAAUUGUUUGAACACUGUGGGCAGCUAUAGAUGCACGUGUAAACCUGGCUACAUCCCUGACCCCAUGCUCACCACAUGCAUAUCCGACAUAGCUGCCGCCGCCGCCGUCCAAGAGGAGAAGGGGGCUUGCUUCCGUUUGGUGAGCUCAGGGAGGCAGUGUUUGCACCCGGUGUCGGCUCAGCUGAGCAAACAGCUCUGUUGCUGCAGUGUGGGCAAAGGCUGGGGACCGCAUUGUGACAAAUGUCCUCCUCCGGGAACAGCUCUGUUCAAAGAGAUUUGCCCUGGCGGCAUGGGCUACACCGUUCUCCCAAAUCCGCCCGUCAAACAACCCGUUACAGUCCAGGAGACAGCCAGUGAUGCGCUCACCCCCCAUCCCUUGCCAACACCGGAAAAACCCGUCACGGCUUUUGGGAAGCCGGACAGACAGAUGAUACCAGCAACCACUGCCCCAGAUCAGGAGCUGGUAGGACCUGCGGUUAGUCAUAGGCCAGUCAGUGAUUCCGUUCUACCCCAACUAUCUCCAGGUGUAUCCACUGUCAAGAUGAAUGCAGCUUACCCAGAGGUUGUCGAGCAGAGUUCCCCGCCCGUUCCAGUGGAGAUGUUCCCUUCAAAUGCAGGCCAAGACAUUGCACCAACUAUAUCUGCAGAGGUGGAUGAGUGCCAGAUCAACCCUUAUAUUUGCGGCCAAGGCCUUUGUUACAACACAGCCGACGGCUACACCUGCCAUUGCGAUGACGGCUACCGCUUGAAUCAUGCGCUCGCCACCUGCGUAGAUUUGGAUGAAUGUUUGGAGAAGCCAUCUUUGUGCUCCGGUGGUCUGUGCCAAAACACCGAGGGUAGUUUCCUGUGUGUGUGUCCACAAGGAUUCUUUGUUGAUGAAGAGGGAACCACUUGUGUGGAUAUCAAUGAAUGUGCAAACAAGACGGUGUGUCCGUCCGGCAUUUGCAUGAACAUCCCCGGGGCUUACGACUGUGGCUCUUGCCCUCCUGGCUUCUUGGCGCGGGGAGGCCAGUGUGUAGACGUAGACGAGUGCCAGGAUCAACGCGUGUGUACCAGGGGUCACUGCGUCAACACCGACGGCUCCUUUAUCUGUCAAUGUGGGCCGGGCUUCAGGGUGUCUCUGUCUGGUGACCAGUGUGACGAUGUGGAUGAAUGUUUCGAAGACGACCAGCCCUGCAAGUCCGUAGGGGAGUGCGUUAAUAACAUGGGCUCCUACACAUGUACCUGCCCGCCAGGGUAUCGACAGAUGGACGGCACCAGCUGCGCAGAUGUUGACGAGUGUGUCGAUGAGCCACAACUGUGCUCGCCCCACGGCCAAUGUGUCAACGCAGAGGGAUCCUAUGUGUGUGCGUGCGGGAGUGGAUUCAGCGCUCCUCUCGAUACACCCUCCUGCGACGAUAUCGAUGAGUGCGGGCUCAAUGAGACUUUGUGCAGUCCUCAUGGUUUUUGCGAGAAUAGAUUGGGUUCAUUCCGAUGCCUCUGUGACCCGGGCUACCGGGAAAAUCAAGAAGGCCAAAGCUGUGUGGAUGUUAAUGAGUGCCAGCUGCCGAAUAGUGUCUGCGGAGACGCUCAGUGCGUAAACACCGACGGUUCCUUCGUCUGCACGUGUCCCAGCGGCCAAGAGUAUAAUGUGAUGGUCGCCAGAUGUGAGCCCGUUCCCACAGUCUCACCCAUAGAGCGUAAGGAGUGCUACUUCAAUCUGAAUGAUGAGAACUUGUGCGAGAGUGUGCUUACCAGCCACGUCACCUUGCAAGAGUGCUGCUGCACGCUGGGAGCUGGCUGGGGCGACAACUGUGAGGUUUAUCCCUGUCCUGUCAAUGGCACAGACCAGUUCAACCAGAUGUGUCCAUCUGGAAAAGGAUUUAUCCCAAGUGGAGAUUUGCUUUAUGAAGUCCCAACAGCCGAGAGUUACAAAAAUGCAGAUGAGUGCACACUGUUCGGCCAGGAGGUGUGUAAAGGAGGCUUCUGUCAGGACACCGUGGGCAGCUACGAGUGUUACUGCAAGACGGGACAAGACUACCACCCCGCAAAACUGGAGUGCAGAGACAUAAAUGAGUGCCUGGAUGAGUCAGUGUGCGUUGGAGCCGAGUGUUUGAACACGGAAGGCUCCUACAUUUGUUUCUGUAAUCAUCCCAUGGUGUUGGAUCCCAACAGUAACAGCUGCAUCUUUGUCCCUGAUGUGGCUGAGCAACACGAGGUGGGGCAGAUGGACUUCCAGGGUAUCUGCUGGCAGAAGGUGACAGACUCCAUGACGUGCACUCUGCCGCUGGGUGACGACAGGAAGACCACGUUUACCGAGUGCUGUUGUCUCUUUGGAGAGGCCUGGGGAAUGGACUGUGCAUUGUGCCCUCCCAAAAACACAGCGGAUUACGCCUCCAUGUGUAACCUGGCCGGGCGGCAUCCUUACGGCCGUGACGCCCUUGUCGCUGGUCCGCUCCACCAAUAUGAAGUGAGCCCAGACUAUUCACCAUCGCCGGACGACAAUCCUGCCCUGCCCUUUUACGACCAUGAGGAAUAUCCAUUCAAGGCAUUCGAGGGCCUGCGAGCAGACGAGUGCGGCAUACUGAACGGCUGCGAAAACGGUCGAUGCGUUCGAGUGCAAGAGGGUUUCACCUGCGAAUGCUUUGACGGUUACACGCUGGACCUGCCCCGCAUGGCCUGCAUUGACGUCAAUGAAUGUUCCCAACUCAACGAGCGCAUGUCGCUGUGUAAAAACGCCCGAUGCAUCAACACGGUGGGUUCGUACCGCUGCGCGUGCCUUCCGGGAUUCACUCCCUCUGAAAAGGCAAACUAUUGCGUGGAGACAGUGGAGACAGGCCAAACUUCAGCGCACACACACACACAGUGAUUGUGGAUUGACUGGAGCGGGCCGCAAGAGACAGACGCUCAAUCCAACACAAAUGAGAAGCGAUUUGGAGAAGAGCAGUUGAAAAGAAAAUCUUUGACCAAGCGACAUGAGUGAAAUCUCCCCCGCUUUGGUUGACAGCAAAAUUCCCCCAAGUGCAAAACUCUUGAAAAUGAUCCCAACAUUCUUUUUCUGCAUUCCCCAGCUGUUCAAUGUGAGUAUUAAGACUGAUUUAAUAGAUUGGCAAUAUCCAUGAUCUUUUGAAAUCUUGUUGAAAUGAACUAUAAUGUAUUAUCUUCUAGAUUGUAUGUUAUGAUGUCUACAAGUAUUCCACUUUCAAUGCCUUGUUUGUGUUCUUGAAAUGAAAUGAGUGUAGCGUGGGACCUCGAAAGCUGAACCCCAAAUGUUUCAAGGGUCACACUGCCGCCAUCGUAAAACGAAGCAUACAAUCGAUAUGGGCAACUAACCGGAGUUUUGAAUGACCUGGCUCGCAAGUAUAUCUAUCUAUCUAUCUAUCUAUCUAUCUAUCUAUCUAUCUAUAUUUUAUUAUUUAAAUGUGGGAGGGAACUGGAGUAACCAGAGUAAAACGCGCACAAGGAGAACAUGCAAAAGCCACAAUGGAGCAGCCACAAUGCCUGAGCAUGGUCCGACAAGCAUUUACGUGGCAGCAAGGGUUGAAAUGCAAAAGGCGCCAAGCAAACAAGAAUGAUGUGAGCCAACGGCAAUAAGUAAACAACAGUUGCUUCUACGUGGCUGCAAGGGUUGAAAUGCAAAAGGCGUCAAGCAAACAAGAAUGAUAUGAGCCAAUGGCAAUAAGUAAACAACAGUUGGCUUCCAUUUAGCUUCAAAUGGAAGUUUGAUUAUUAGCCCCAGUGAAAAUUGUAAUUAUCGUCGAGUUUGACUUCUUCGAUUGUCUUAAACGUCUUGGCUCUGUUUUCGUCGCAACGAGAAAAGGCCAGAGAUGAAUUCAUUGCAGCGUCAUUCCUUAAUAGUCUGUAUUUGAUUGACUCCAAGACACAUUGCUAAAUGACUGUACGUAUCGGUUCAUGCCUUUUGAAUAUUUUCCCUCCAAAGCAACUCACUUUGUGGUCAUCAUUUGGCUUGAAUUAAGGAACAGGUUUUGCGCAUCUUUAUUUAUUUUCUCCAUAUGCCCUCCUCAUAAGAUGCAUCACAGUGGACAUUGUCCCAAUAGCCAAAGUCCGUUGAAAAAUGAAACUGUGUCGUGACUUAUAUGGAGAAUAUCCACACAGUUGUUUAAAAUGAUAGGAAAAGGACCACAAAGAAGGAAAACUUUGUUCUUUUGAUAUUGAGAUUCUCUGCAAAGUCAUGGGACUGAACCGAGUUUGGAGUAAGAAGACAGCAAAUGGUUUUUGGAAUUUGUACUGAAUAAAUACAUUUCUUAUAUGAUUUGGUAAUAAAUCACAACUUUUGAUA